UGGCCUUUUAAUAAGUAGGGUGGGACAAGGAUUUGGUGCGGGGAAUAAGCACUUUCCUGUUGUCCUAAUUGUGAUUAAUUGGGAUCAGGUGCCAUAAUCAAAAUUCUCAGGCACCCAUUGCCCCCUCCUAGUUGGUUGUAAAGUUUAAAAGCUUAAUCCAUUAUAUGUCACAUCCUUCAUUUACAAACAAGUGAAGAGACACCUAACAUUGAACUUGCUUUCAUUUGGUAUCUUCAUCUCUGUAUCCUACUCCUCUCUUUCCCCCACAGAUAUAUAAACCCACCCUUCUCCUCCUCUCCUCACAAAACCAAUUCUGCUCCUGAAAAACUCUCUACUCCACUUCUAUGCUUCAUCCGAGGAACGAAGGAUUUACAAGUUCAUCUGGUUCAGGUAAUUCACAAGCUUUCUCUUCUUAAUUACCAAGUUUUCAAUACUGAAGAAACAGGGGAUCUCAAAUUCUGGGUACAUGAGUGAGAUGAAUUCCCUGCUUUCCAUCUCUUUCGUGGUCCGAUUCGCUUUCGAAUUCCCUUGGAACAAUGAAAUCACCACCAUGUAUGCCUGACAAUAACAAAGGCUACAAGAACUUGAAUGCCAAAGUCAAGUUAUCCAGAUAUCCCCACAAUAUUUUUUUAGCAGCGGUAGCGUUUGUAUUAGUGAAAGCGGUGAACCGACGUAGCAACUGGAUGAGACUUCUCCUCGACGCCGAACCGGCGUCUCCGCCGGAGAAUGGAGGCGGCCGGCAGCGGAGCUCGUUCACGAGCGAAGCCAACUUCGACACCAACAUGGUGAUCAUCCUGGCGGCCUUGCUCUGCGCGCUGAUAUGUGCUCUGGGGCUGAACUCGAUUAUCCGCUGCGCGCUGCGAUGCAGCCGGAGGUUCGCUCUGGAGGGGCCGAGCGAGGCGGCGGCGAGACUGGCGGCGACCGGGCUGAAGAAGAGCGCCCUGCACCAGAUUCCGGUGGUGGUUUACGGCGCCUCCGGGAUCUGUACUCCGGCGACGGACUGCCCGAUAUGCCUUGGUGAAUUUGUGGACGGGGAGAAGGUGAGGGUGCUGCCGAAAUGCCACCAUGGUUUUCAUGUCCGGUGCAUAGACAUAUGGCUGGCUUCCCACUCUUCGUGUCCGACUUGCCGGCAAUCACUGCUUGAACCGCCACCGACUUCUGAUGCUGCUGCCUCAGAUGGCGAACUCCGGCAUCUUGCAAAUACAUCGGGCGACGUCCCUGGGCCCAGUGAAGAGGUAGCUUAAUGGGGCGGAAAAAUAUUUUUCUUCUAUUGCUCGGAAAAGUGGGCAGGACCAAUUUCAGGACCUUUGAAAAAGUAAAUUUUCCUUUUUAUAUCGUAAAGACUUAAUUACGUAUUAUCUAUGCUAUGCGCAUAGAAGAAAGAGCCAUACAUAGAAGAACAGUUUGAUGGGAUUGAUGAUCAGACCAUAUGAUCAUUUGAUUUCAGAGAAGGUUGCCAUGUUAGUUAAUUACCAUGGACUUGGAGGAAGAAGCACCGUAGUGUGUGUUUGUUGGGGUUUUCAUUGAUUCCAAAUGAAGACAUUUUGCUCUUGAAUCCAUCCUCCAUUUAAUUCGGGUCAUGUGUACAGUACAGGAGCUAUAAUUUCCAGUUCAGAGGCUUAUGAUUCUAUGAACCAGAUCUGCUUUUGGAUUACGGCUCCAGCAGAAAUGGGUGGCUUCUGUUGUACGGCUUUGAUCUUGUCUUCUUGUUUAUUACAUGUCACAAAAUUACUUUAUGCAGAUUUGAUUUAAGAUCAAAAUGCAAGGCGAGUUUUUUUUUU